AUGAAGUAUUUUGCUUCAUUUCUAGGUCGUUACUUUGCUGAUGGGUUGAAGACCAAUACUGCUCAAGUUAGAUUUGACAUUUGUCAGACACUGUGGGAAGACAUUUCAACAGAUGUACAGAUUCUUCAGUCUGACCUCAACACGAAAAUAUUUGAUGACUUACUGUCAUUUUCAAAGUCGGCUCAUUUCAACUUUAAACUGUGCAAAGAAGGUGAUGGGACAUCAAGGCCAAUACAAGAGGUGCCAACUGCUGCUCUCAUCACAGGGGUGAAUAUGCCAGACCAUGAUUUAAUGUUUUCCAACCUGGUGUCCCUGCUGCAGGAGAGGGUGACCCCGUAUGUGGCCCUCCUCAGGUCUAAAGAUUGUGGCACAAUGAAGAAUAUUAUGGCAAAAAUGAUGGGACUUAUUCUAGGAACCAAAGACUUGUUUGAAGAAGAUGCUGAAGAGCAGUUGAAUGUGAAAAGGGUCCCUCCCACUCUCUCAGUACUUGCGUCCUGGUAUGCCAGCAAAACCACGUGUCCAUCCCCAUCGAAAAAAAAGAGGAUGUCAGGUGGUGAAGCAAGGAACUCUGGGGUUCUUUUCCCACCAAUUGUGAUAGUAAUGGAAGACUUGGAAGGUUUUCCAGCCCAUGUUGUUCAGGACUUUGUUAUUGCUUGCAGCAACCACCUUGCUGAGUUGCCAAUAGUCCUGGUGUUGGGUAUUGCUACAGCAGUGACUGCUGUACACAGAAUACUGCCCAGCACAGUGUCUGCCCUGCUGUGUAUUGAGAAGUUCCAGGCACCCCCAUCCACAGAGUAUCUUACUCAGGUCAUCAGUAAGGUUGUAAUGACUGCUAGGCACCACUUCAAGCUGGGCCCAAAGGUUUUUCGUCUCCUACUGGAUAUAUUCUUAUACCAUGAUUUUUCUGUUCUUAAUUACAUCAGGGGUCUUCAGUUUGCUUUGAUGGAUCAUUUCUAUGUGAACCCGCUGAGUGCAUUAUGCUGCAGCAAGGAGAAAGCAGAGGCCAAUCUACAUGCUUUGUCAGCCAAAGAGUUGGAAGAAAUUAGAAAAGCUGCAUCAUUUCGACUAUUUGUUGAGGGUCAGCCAGCCAAGGCACAGAAGCAGUUGUUAUUGGAUGACAAAUAUUUGAAAAGUGCAGUUACAGAGCUGCUAGCAGACUUGUAUGACUACCAUGCUGCUUACUUUCCUGUCCUUAGCUGUUUAUUUUGUUUUGUGAGAAAUUUGCCCAAACAUCCCUUUGGGAAACAGAUAAGAGAAUUAUAUGGAACAAAUCUAGGGACAUCUGUUUUUGAUUCAGAGGUAUACAAGGAUUCUUUUGCUCUAUUAAGGACCUUGUCACGAGAUGAGCUGUUAUCAAUACUAGGAAAAUGUAUAGAAAGUUUGUCUGAGACGGAUGUGCCCACAAAGCUUGACAGUGUAACAGCCAAGCUAAAAGAAUUUGUUCAAAAAUUUAAAGACAUAGAAGAUCUUCCUCAAGCAACUGUUGAAGCAGAUGCAGAAAGCAAUUCAGACUCACUUCCCAAAAGAAUGGAUAUGCAUACACUGAGAAAGACUCUCCUAGAAAAAAAGAAAAAGAAGCAAAGUGCGUAUACAAUAUUGAGACAUGAUGUUAUUAAUUAUGUUGAUAAAUUGUGCAGGCAAUACCUUAAAGCGCCAAAGCUUUACCCACUUUAUGAGAUAUUUUAUUAUGACAAUCUGGGUGAAAUUAGGAAGCACAUCAAUGGCUCCCCCAGAAUAGCAGUGCAGACUGCACUCAGCAAUCCAUACCACUAUCUCCAGAAUGAAUCUCUUCAUUGCGAAGCUGGUGCUAUCUCCCCAAGUCUUCCAGAUAUCUGUAUAGUAUACAAACUGCACCUGGAGUGUGGAAGGCUCAUUAAUCUCUAUGACUGGUUACAGGCUUUUGCCACAGUAAUACAAGGAGACACAGAUGAUGAUCAACCCAAACAACUCAAUAAGGAAAUACAAGCACGCUUCAUUCGUGCCGUCUCAGAGCUACAGUUUCUUGGCUUCAUCAAGCCAACUAAAAAGAAAACAGAUCAUGUUGCACGUCUGACUUGGGGAGGAUGCUGAAAUAUCGAUUGUGCCGUAGGUAACCAGAAGUCCAACCUUCCUGUUUGUCAGUGAAUACAUUUUUUCAUACUAGACUGGCUACAGUUGCAUUAUUUUAGCCUGUUGACAAUUUUUCAACAAAUGAAAAAGACAACAACAAAACAUAAUUCAUUUUUAAGUGGUCAAUCUUGAAUAGUUGUCAUGGAUGCUAUUUUAGACAUGCCAAUUUAAGCCUGGCAUGGUAG